AUGAACAAUCAGAGCUGCCAGGAAAAGUUCAUCUUGUUGGGUUUCUCAGACAGACCCAGGCUAGAGCAGAUCCUCUUUCUCUUUGUCCUCAUCUUCUACCUUGUGACUUUAGUGGGCAACAUUGUCAUCAUCUUGGUCUCUCGCCUGGACCCCAGCCUCCACACACCCAUGUACUUCUUCCUUACUAACUUGUCCUUCCUAGAUCUCUGCUUUACCACCAGUUCCAUCCCCCAGCUGCUUUUUAACUUGGGCAGCCCUGACAAGACCACCAGUUACACAGGUUGUGCCAUUCAGCUCUUCAUGUUCCUAGGACUGGGUGGUACUGAAUGUGUCCUCUUGGCAGUUAUGGCUUAUGACCGCUUCACUGCAAUCUGCAAGCCCCUUCACUAUUCUGUAAUUAUGCACCCUCAGCUCUGUUGGACAUUGGUGUCUGUGGCCUGGGGGAUUGGUCUCCUCAACUCCCUGGUUAUGUCUCCAGUGACUAUGAAGCUGCCACGAUGUGGAAGAUGUAGGGUGAAACAUUUUCUAUGUGAAAUGCCAGCUCUGAUAAAAACUGCCUGUGUGGACACAGUAGCUGUGGAGAGCACUGUUUUCAUCUUAUCAGUAAUAAUUGUCCUGGCGCCCUUGUCUCUUAUCCUCAUAUCUUAUAAUUACAUUGCCCUAACUGUACUAAGAAUCAAGUCAGCUGCAGGAAGAAGAAAGGCUUUCAACACAUGUGGAUCCCAUCUCACUGUAGUCUCCUUGUUUUAUGGGAAUAUUAUCUAUAUGUAUAUGCAACCAGGUAAUAAUUCUUCUCAAGAUCGAGGGAAAUUCCUAACCCUCUUCUACAACUUGGUGACCCCCAUGUUAAACCCUAUCAUCUACACACUGAGAAACAAGGAUGUAAAGGGUGCACUGAAGAGGCUUGUAUUUAGAAAAUAA